UUUAUCGUUUCAAAUGAAAAAGUCAUAUUUUUUAUGAUAUAUACUCCAUUAUCAUUCAACAAAGCACAAAAUCGGGUUAAUUACAUCACAGUAAGAAACAAUGGCUUCAACAGAGGCCAUAAUUCAAUUCGGCAUCUUAACCCUAACCCUAUCAUUACUCUUCCUCAUGAAUUAUCUCCGCAACCACAAAACCCAAUCCAAAACCCGAACCCGCAACAAAAUCCGCCAACCCGAACCAAACCGUCACCUGAACCAAGCCUCCCGCCACCUGAACCGGGCCCGAUCCACCGCAAACAAAACCCACCACGCCAAAAACGCUCUCUUAGAAGCCGAUCAAGCCCUAGCCAUAACCCCAAGGGAUCCCUCCGUCCACAUUCUCCGCGCCAGAGCACUCUACCUCAUGAACCACCGCACCUCCGCCAUCAAGUCUAUCGACACCGCUCUCUCUCUCCCGGCCGCGAAGUUUCUUCCCCCGGAACAGCGUGCCGAUGUGCUGGUUUUUAGGGCGGAGAUGAAACUUAGGUUGAAUCGGAAGCGGCGAGUUGAAUCGGCGAUGGAGGAUGUUGAAGAAGCGAUUAGAGUGAGUGGUGAAGAAAGUGAUAACUCGGAAGCGUUGUGUUUGUUGGGGAAAUGUUACGAAUGGAAAGAGAUGAGAGAAGAAGCGAUGAAUGUGUAUCGGAAGGUUCUUGAGGUUGAACCGGAUUCGGUUGAGGCUCGCAUUGGGUUGAAACGGUUAGGCCCGUAGGGUUUUUUUUUUUUGGGUUAGCAUGGUUUUUUAUUGCUUAUACUUAACUUAACUAUGCUGUAUUUUUUUAUAUUUUGUAAAUAUUUAUUCUCUAAAAUUUGAUAAGUAUAAUUUUUGCUUCUAUUUUGAAAGAAUUAAAAAUAAUUUUAAAA